AACUUGAAGAGGAUGGAGACACAUCACAUGCAAACAAUGAUAAGUGACAAGUGAACCAGUCUUAUCAACAGCAGUCUGGAAGUGAGAAAACAAUGGGAAAUACCUUCAAGGAAAAAUAAUAUUUGUGCUAGCAUUUUACAGUCAGCUAAAAUAGUAGUCAAAGGUAACAGUAUAAAAAGGUAUGCUCAGACACUCAUGGUGUCAAAAAUUUUCCCAUUUAUGUAUCCUUUCCAGAAGCACAACUCAUCUGCAUAAUUUUUAUAGCAUUCAAUUAUACUGAAGUAAUAUAUGUAGACUGCUGGGAAAUAUGAAGGCAAAUACCAAAAGAAACAGAUGAUUUGAAAGUAGCUGUCUUUGAAAAAUGGAAAAGGAAAUGUACCGCAAAGGGUUACUGGUUUCUCUUUGUUUUCAUUGUGAAUUUCAUGGCACUGCCCAUUAGUCUGUUUAAACAAUAAAUACGUAUUCCUUUUAUAACCCUCUCUCUCUAUCUCCACAGCCCUACCAAGGCCAUGGGAGCUAUCAAGGCAAUUAAGAAUUACCGGACUGAGAUUCUAGAUUAAGACUGACACCUAGAGAGAUGAGUCUAGCAUUGGAGGCCAUUUUCCCACAAGGCUUUUAUCAAAUUUAGCAAACACUAAACAGGACAAAAAUUGAGAAGCCUCAAAGAGAGAAGGGGGUCUGAUAAAACCCCUACACUUUGUGCUGAGACUCAAAGCGCUGCAUCCAGAUUAAGGGAGAAUCAGAAGUCAUAAUGACCCUCACAGGCCUGUAGUCUCGUUUUAAAUCAUCUCAAAUCCUGAAAUUGGCUUAAGACAAUCCCAGAUUAUGAGUACUACAAAUACCCAAAUCUGUUACGAUGUUAACAACUGUUGAAUCUGUAUUCACUAUUGUUUCAUCUUUCUGUUUGCCAAGUUUUGAAAUAAAAGGUGAAACCAAAAAGAUCUAAAAGAUCUAUGAUCUUAAUGCUACCUUCAAACUACCUUGUCAACUCACUCGUCUAACGGCUUUUUUCUCAUUCACAAUAACUCGUCCUCAUCCCAAGUAAAUGCUAGGCAUGAGAACAUGCAGACUCCCUCAGGUUCCUACAUUCCAGUGUAUCACAGUGGGCACAUCUCCCCUCCUGCAGUGCAGGCCCUGCUCCUAUAUUCGGAUUCCUCUCCACUGACCUCUUACUCAAGGCAGGCAUUAGGGAGGUCAAACAAGGCUCUUAGGGUAAAAAAUUUAGUAGCACCCACUCUUUGCCUGGUGGUGCCUCUUAUGUUUUAACCCACAGCAGCUCUCUUGCUCCACCCUAAUCUAGCCCUACCUUCGAUCAUCUUUUCUCCCAUUUUUAAUGGAUCUCUUUCACUCAGACUAUCAGUCAGCCCCUCCCAAAUGCCAGAAAAGGACAUAAACAGACUUUGUUCAUAGCUAAACUCCCUAUAAGAGUACAUUAGUUCUCCCUGCUCUUUCCCAUCUUGCAAGAUGGCGGGUGAAAAAGUUGAGAAGCCAGAUACUAAAGAGAAGAAACCCGAAGCCAAGAAGGCUGAUGCUAGUGGCAAGGUGAAAAAGGGUAACCUCAAGGCUAAAAAGCCCAAGAAGGGGAAGCCCCAUUGCAGCCGCAACCCUGUCCUUGUCAGAGGAAUUGGCAGGUAUUCCCGAUCUGCCAUGUAUUCCAGAAAGGCCAUGUACAAGAGGAAGUACUCAGCCGCUAAAUCCAAGGUUGAAAAGAAAAAGAAAGAGAAGGUUCUUGCAACUGUUACAAAACCAGUUGGUGGUGACAAGAACGGUGGUACCCGGAUGGUUAAACUUCGCAAAAUGCCUAGAUAUUAUCCUACUGAAGAUGUGCCUCGAAAGCUGUUGAGCCACGGCAAAAAACCCUUCAGUCAGCACGUGAGAAAACUGCGAGCCAGCAUUACCCCUGGGACCAUUCUGAUCAUCCUUACUGGACGCCACAGGGGCAAGAGGGUGGUUUUCCUGAAGCAGCUGGCUAGUGGCUUGUUACUUGUAACUGGACCUCUGGUCCUCAAUCGAGUUCCUCUACGAAGAACACACCAGAAAUUUGUCAUUGCCACCUCAACCAAAAUCGAUAUCAGCAAUGUACAAAUCCCAAAACAUCUUACUGAUGCUUACUUCAAGAAGAAGAAGCUGCAGAAGCCCAGACACCAGGAAGGUGAGAUCUUCGACACAGAAAAAGAGAAAUACGAGAUUACGGAGCAGCGCAAGAUUGAUCAGAAAGCUGUGGACUCACAAAUUUUACCAAAAAUCAAAGCUAUUCCUCAGCUCCAGGGCUACCUGCGAUCUGUGUUUGCCCUGACAAAUGGAAUUUAUCCUCACAAAUUGGUGUUCUGAAUAUCUUAAGAAUCUAAUUAAAUAGCUGACUACAAAAAAAAAA